GCGAUGACGCCAUCUCCACGUCGCCGGUCAAGAUGGCGGCGGCGGCGGCGGCGGCGGGCAGCGGAGCCACGAAGCCGCUGUUUGCAGGCCUUGCAGAUGUGUCAAUAUCAGAAGAUAUCCCUGUAGAAGGAGAAAUUACUGUUCCUGUGGGGCCUAAUUCCCCAGAUGAAGACUACUCCACAUUGGAUGAACCAGUUAAGGAGACAGUUAUGCGAGAUUUAAAGGCAGUUGGAAAGAAAUUUGUCCAUGUCAUGUAUCCCAAAAAGAGCAGCACCCUCCUCAGAGACUGGGAUUUAUGGGGUCCAUUAAUCCUGUGUGUUUUACUUGCUCUAAUGCUUCAGGGAGGAGCAGCAGAUAGUACAGAAGACAGAGGGCCUCAGUUUGCAGAAGUGUUCGUUAUCAUCUGGUUUGGAGCAGUUGUCAUAACACUAAAUUCCAAGCUACUGGGAGGAACCAUAUCUUUCUUUCAGAGCCUUUGUGUCCUGGGCUAUUGUAUUCUGCCACUGACCGUGGCUCUUUUGGUCUGCAGGCUUGUACUGAUAGCAAACAGUGGGACUGCUGGCUUCAUUGUGCGCCUUUUAGUCGUAGUAGCUAUGUUUGGCUGGUCAACUCUAGCAUCUACAGCCUUCUUGGCAGACAGCCAACCCCCAAACCGCAAAGCUCUUGUUGUCUAUCCCAUUUUCCUUUUCUAUUUUGUUAUCAGCUGGAUGAUCCUCACCUUUACGCCAUAGUGAAUAUGCUCUCAGCAAAGACCUCAAAACUGGAUGAAGAUGUUUUGGGUUGCCUUUCUGUGAAAGCCUCUCUGGUUGACUUGCCACCUAUUUGUCUGUUUCUGCCUGUGUUUAUGAUGAAUGUGGUGAAAAGGCUGGCAGGUUCCUUGGCCAAAACCACAAAAGGCCUCAAACUGUUCUUACUAUGUUUCUUUGAAGAGCACUACGAAUGUCUCCCUGCUGAGUUUUGUUUUCUACUGAUUUUGUUGUAAGCAUCCAGCAAGGAGAAUGGCUGAAUAUAGUCAUACCUUGGGCCAUCAAGAUUGCUAACAAAAGAAAAUAUUGGCUAGCUGGAGUUAACCAAUUUAUCAGAACUCCACAGUUCUUUAUGAGAAUGCUGGCUUACAUGUUUCCAAACAUUUGCUUACUUGGGAUAAGAAAUGCUAUCUGAUUUGAUUUAUUGUCCAAAAACUAAAAGGAGAAAUCUGCAAAAAAGAGGCAUUGUCUUUUUUAGUUUUUUCAUCCUCUUUCAGUUGUUCAAAUUAAUGCAGUUCUUUCAUUCCCAGUGGAUUGCUUCAAAAGAGCUUGUGGAAGAAGGCAAGAAUGGCCCUUGAUCACCUGCAAGGUGUUAAUCCAGGAGAAAAAAUAAUUUGCACCAAACUAGUCAGCUGUUAAGUAUAGAGUCAGUUCAGGUGAAAUGCAGAGUGACUUAAAGGUGAGCUUUGGCACAGGACAUCCUGAUUCUGAAGAUGUGCAACACAAAGUUCAAAUUCUUACCCUCUGAGUGGAACCUUCCAGUAGCUGAAUGUUUAGUGAUACAUAGUUUAAUUCAUACAGUGUAAUACCUUAUUUUGUAGAAUUACAUUACCUAUUAAUUUUAUUUUGUUGCAUACCUGCUGGGGUCUUAUUUUUAAAGAGUAAAAACUGUUCUAUAUAGGUUGCUUCUUUGUAUUUCUCACUGCUAGUAUCUACAGUUUUUUCUUUACUAUGACUUUUACAGAUCCUUUUUUAUUUUCUCUUCUAGAAUCCCAGCUGUUUUUAUUUCUCUCCAUUAAAAAGGCUAAGAGAAAUUGCUUUGUUCUCCUUGCUCUGUUUGCCAUCAAAUGUAGAAAAGAGCAAGUUGAUGUGGAACAUUAUUUAUAUGCAGAAUGUAAAUACACUGGGUUAAGAUUUGUGUGGGAACUUAAAAGAACCUCUUUAAGAUAAUUUCUAUUUAUAGCAACCUGAACUUAAAUAAUUUCCUCUGCCUAAGGAAAGUUCUUUUUAAAAUACUUGCUGUGUUUUCUAGAGGAAUUUAAGAAAGAAAUCCAUAAAGAUCCUUUAAAAUUAAUCUGCCCUGUGAAAUUUUACUUCAUAUAUCAUCCUAAUUAGGUACAAAUGUCAACUUUGCCCUUCUCACCUUGUCUUGACCUGUAUUCAUUGUCACUUCCAGUUUUAUUCCUGGAAAUAAAACUGUACGUGAUAAUUUUCUUUUCAACCCAACUUACUCAGUUACCAUGUACAGUAUGUGUAUAUACGUGGUGAUUGAAUAAGUUUGGUUCAAAAGAACAUCUCUUAUUGGUCAGAAGCAGAGGUAAUGAUACUGCUGUCUUUUGACAACAGCAGCUUAGGCCAAAUUGGUUGCUUGAAAAUGUCCCCACUCUAUUCCUCAAUAUUAGGACAGCUGGUUUUAGAACGGGAAGAAUGGUGUCAGUUUUCUGACUUCAGUCUUAGCAUCAAGGAGUUGCAUAGCAGAAGAAUCUUGUUCUGUAGGCUCUGGAUAAGAAAUUUGUUUAUAGGUGAUAGUCCCAUCCCUUUUGAUACAUGAUAUUGCCUUUUGUAAGUCAAGUAAUGAGGUGUAAUUUUUAUGUGCUUAUUACACCAGUUGUAAUUUUUUAAAAAAAUUUCCUAAUGUUUCACUAAGAAAUUUGAGAUGUGAUAUUAGCUAGUGCUUAUUCCCAAUGUGUUUCAGUUUCUGUAAUGAGACUUAAGAGCUUCUUAUUUACUUUAUGCUGGUUAGAUAGUAAUCUGUCCUUUCUCCACUAAUACAAAUGCUUUUUUACAAAUAGGAAAUUCUCUGCUCUGGUGACUGACCUUGUAAUAAGUUUUUUUUCCACUAAUAUCAGUGGAAAUUAGAAAAAGAACAGGUAACGUUGUGCUCUUUUUUACUGUGACCAACAGAAAACUUGACUGGAAGGUGUUAGUAAAAUGACUUGACACCAUUCUAGAGUGAAGCACCUGCAGCUGCUCUAUGUUCCUUUCCCCAUUCCUAGGAGAGCGGCAGCCAUGUGGUGGUGAUGCAGAGAGAGGUGGAAGUCAAGAACUCUUUCCCUUGUGUGUAUCCUUGUAUAUGAGAAAAUUUAUUCAGCUGAAGUCCCAUAAACACAGGAUAUAUAUGAUAUAAUUACUGAAAUUUAUAAGACCCCUCAACUCUGAUGACUCAGGGCACUGUAAAGUAAAAACAAUCAUACAGUACAAUUUUAAAAAGUUACAGAAUGCUAGUUGAUCGGUUUGGAAGUGAUUACUGUGGAAAGAAAAAUAAAGUUUGGGAGUUCUGUACAUUUUACUGAUGUUCUUACCCAAAAGUAGCACAAUCUAUUGUGUCUACAAAUUUCUAUUCCAUCAUGUGCUGCAGACAAAACAGGUUGGCUGAUAAGAUUAAUAUUGGUUUUGUACACAAUAUAAUAGCUAGUGUUUGUGUUGAGUUGGGGAAUAACACAUGUAAAUUAUUUAAUUGUAGAGUUUUACAAAUUAAAACACUGAAAGGGAAAUAUGGUACAGAUCUGUAUUAUGUAGCUCACAAAGUCAGCUGCCACUUCCAGUCUUUAAAAUAACAAGUUUUAAAAUUUUAUACAAGUAUCUAAAAUUAGGGUGUGAGUUGCACCUUUUACUGACUUACAGCUUGGAAUUAAAAAGUUACUGGCAUUUGCAGACUACUUUUUAAGUAAAAUAAUCUCUACAGAUAGAAAUACAUUUCUAAUACAUUUUGAAAUUGCAGAACGCUCUAUUUUAGCGGGGAGAUGCAAGGACAGAUUUUGGCUGGAAUAGACAUAUAUUUAAUACAUUUUCAAACCUAA